AUGAAGAUAUGGUGUGAUGUGUGCGACAAAGAAGAAGCCAUUGUGUUUUGCUGUGCAGAUGAAGCUGCUCUUUGUGGAGACUGUGAUCGUCGAGUCCACCAUGCAAACAAGCUUGCUUCCAAACACUCUCGUUUCUCUCUUCUUCACCCUUCUUUCAAACAAUCUCCCCUCUGUGAUAUCUGUCAGGUGAGACGAGCGUUUCUUUUUUGUCAAGAAGACAGGGCAAUCUUCUGUAGAGAAUGUGACCUUUCAAUUCACAGAGCCAAUGAAAAUACCCAGAAACAUAGCAGGUUCCUCCUCACUGGUGUUAAGCUCUCCUCUUCAACUUCUUCACUUCCUUUGAAUCCAACUUCGUCAUCCUCUAAUGCUGCAACCAUCGACGCCGACACUAAAAGCUCUUCAUCCCACUCUUCCAAUAGAUUCCUUUUGUCAGUUCAUAAUAAUGAAAACUUGGGUUCGCCUUCCAUUGAGAAUCAUCCAUUGGCUUCAACUUCAAGGACUUACAGGGUUGAAGAUAAUGCUUCGAUUUCAACCAGCAGUGUCUCGGAUUUCUUGAUGGAGACGUUACCGGGUUGGCAUGUGGAUGGUUUUCCCGAGCCUUCAUCUGGAGGUGUCUGUAAGGUUUACAUAUUGAAUCGAGUUUAA